AUGAGAGAGAUCUCCGCGGACGAACACGAGCCGGACUCGUCCUGGCGCUGCAGUGAGAACUGCCGCUGCUCGAGCAACAACACCGCUGGAGCACCUCCACCCCAGACCCGGCGCUGCUGCUACUGCCCUCUCCAUUCAGCGGAGAGCUCCUGGGUAGGGGAGGAAUGCGUGAAGGACGCCUUCUUCCGGAAGUUAUACUGCGGAGAUGCACUGGAGGGGUUCUUCCCAGAGCAGGGGAGGGGUGCUGGAGAAGCGAGGCCGGCCUCCCCGCUUAGAGAAGAGGGGGGAGCAGGGAAGACAGAGACGCAGGAGCACCGGGUGAGGACCAAGUCCGCUCCGUCCGCGCUGGGCUCACCAGCCCGGAGCGCCGGGGUUUCCAGCGCCCACCCCAAGCCCGAGAGAGGCCCGCAAGGACCCUCCCUGGGGUCUCCGGAGGACGUGCAGCCUGCUGCCAGCUUGAUCUUAGACCCUGGCCCCCAGACUGCGGGGCGAUAA